UGUUGCUGUAACUGAAACACAACAAACAGAAUUUGUGAUCAAUAUUUUCUCACUUAUUGAUUAAAUACCUUUCAUCUUCAAAAUCUUAAUCACUGAACCAUUCAUGCAAAAGUUGUUUGGAGAUAAAAAAAAUGGCCUUGCUGCCUUUUGUGGUGAAAAAUGAUGUAUUUUUGUGCUGAUCGUAACUUGAUCACUAAAAUGACAGAUUGUAGUGUAACACAAGGUUACUAGAUGCUUUACUAAUUCAUAGCGACUGAGUGUACAAUGAUACAGAGGAUCUAACCAAGGUUCUGUUACGAGAGAGACAGGAUGGCAGCGAAGGUGGCAAGGCUGGUCUGUUACCUGCUGUACAGGCUACUUUUCCCUGCAGUGUUACUUGUCUGUGCAGCAGUAAGGUUCAAUGCUGUCUCGUUCCUGUAUGCUGUGUUCCUGUUACUGUGUCCACUGCUCACCUCUCCAAAUCCUUCUAGUAUCAGAGGAUGUACUGGCAUUUACUUGCGUGUGGUGUUUGUAGUUGGGUUGUUGGCGGUGCUAGCACAUGCUGUGUUCCAUAUCACCUUGUCAGCUGUUGCCACUGAUGCCAAGCCUUAUGGAUCUAUGUUCCCCAACUGUUCUUCCAAUGAGAAGCUUGCAAGACAGAUACUGUUGGAAAGGUUGGAUAACGUGGCAACAGUAGACAUUAUAAGACUGGUUCUCCCAGAUGUUGUAGUAUUUUUGACUGGUUUACUUAUUUACAUCAUCUGUUACAAACUUUUACCAGCAGAAAAGAACCAGUCUCAAGAACUGCCAACUUCAGUGAAGUCUCAAAAACGGCGGACUGUGAACAGUGUUCUAGACUUCCUAGGAGAAUCAUUCCUUGUAAUAGUGUUAGCCGCUAGUGGGAUUAUUGUACCGAGUGUAAUAUCAGCUCUAUAUUUCCUGUCAUUUAUAUGCCUGGCCACUAUAUGGGCUCUAUAUGGACACCUUGGACGGAAGUUUAAUGGGUUCCGAAUCUUAUUACUUUUAUACUGCGCAGCUCAUAUUCUAGUGCUUCAUUUAUACCAGUUCCAGUUUUUCCAAGCCGAGCUAAAUCCAGAUAAUUUCGUAUCAAGGUUGCUAGGUCUCACUGCUGUUGUUGUAACAGAAUGUUCCAGUCCCUCACAAGUAUUCUUCUACGACACCUCAAAAUGGCCGAACUUCGUCAACCCAGCGAUUUUGGUGCUCCUUUACUAUACACUGGCAUUUGAAGUGCGGCGAUGUUGGCAUGGAAGGGUAGUUGUAUUGGAUGAUGUAGACGGUGAACAAACCGAGCGGAAGCAUUUCCGACGCCGACACAAGAAGGGAACGGAGCGUCAGGUAGCAACCAGUCUGGACGAGAGCCAAAAAGAGCAUCUGGUAGAUUCUGAAGUUAGAGAUUACAGCAGUAUCGAACCAGUCAAUGCAGAUCGAUCAGGGUCACCUACAAUGCUUGCAACAGAUGAUGAGGUUGAAGGGGGUGAUGAGGUAGAUAGACCAGAGAAGAAAACAAGUGAGAAGCGUUCACCGUGGGUCUCAGCUCUAGUAUACGUCAUGGGACAGAGUUAUGUCUUAUCUCUCAUUGCAAUGAUGGCUUGGAGUAUAACAUUCCACAGCUGGUUGACUUUCGUUCUUCUCCUGGCUGCUUGCUGUAUCUGGAUGUUACCAAACUCCCGUCGUGUCUGCUACAUCCUAUCUCCCAUAAUCCUCUUCUACGGCAUUGGUCUCCUCACUAUACAAUAUGUUUAUGGAAUGAACCUAACGGAUACAGAAUUACCAAAAGAGAAGAGUGGAGUCAACUUGGAAGAAAUUGGAUUAAAGAAGUUCAAGUAUCCAUGCUUACAACUGGCAUUACAGAUUGUCUAUACCAUGAUGUUCUGGUUGACAUUGAGACAGUAUAUUAGAGAGAGACGACAGUCAGUUUUAGCUGAUGAUGAGAAAUAUCAACUGCAACCAGUGGCUAGUACAGCUGUGUCACCAAGCACACCAAAGUCGCUCUCUGAAAUGCUCCCUGAAAAUAUAGCAAUGAAACCCAUUGGUGGGAAUGUGGGAAAGAGUCUGGAUUUGCGGUUGGAUUCACCGGAUGGGUACGAUAGCAAUACUAUGAUCUGGUUAGGUCAGUAUGUAUGGUGUCUGCUAUGUAAGUACUGGAUCCUACUGUGUGCAGCCAUGUUGCUGGUGAUCUCCCUGCAGGAAGUUGUCGUCUACAGGAUUAUCUAUAUGAUACUCUUCCUCGCCUUUGUACUCACAUUCCAGUAUGCAUAUAGACUAUGGAGGGCGACAAUGUUCCUGUUCUGGUGGGUGAUUAUUGUCUACUCAAUGGUUGUACUUAUCAUGCUGUACACAUACCAGUUUGAAAAUGUAGCUGCGCAGUGGAAAAAUUCUACAAAAUUAUCAGAUGAAACGCUUAAAGACAUUGGUUUAGAGAAGUUUAAUACUGCAAAACUGUUUAUUCAACUACUGACUCCUACAAGCUUCCUCAUCUUUAUCAUCAUACAAGUUCACUACUUCCACAAACCAUUCCUCCUGCUCAGUGAUCUCAAUAGAUUCAAAAAUGAAACCAGUGAAGCCCCAGCUACACCAGAGUUAGCCACAUCUCCUGAUACCACUGAUGGUGAAUGCAAGGAAGUUAAGCAGAAAAGUAAAUCAUUAGGGAAAAAGUUCAGUCAGCAGUUCCGAAAGUUUUGGCGAUGUGUCAGUAAUUUAUGGGAGACAUUGACAUGGUUUCUAUGGCGACUGGCAGAAAUUCAUAUUUUCAAGGUGGUGGCCUUCGUCAUUAUCAUGGUGACUACACAUGAGGUGUCAGCUGUAAGUGCGGUGUAUGUUAUCCUGCUGAGCAUAUUUCUGCCACUGACAGGAUGUCAAUUCCUGUUGUCUCAUAUCGCCCAGUUCUGGACGGCUCUUGUACUGCUUGCCAAGAUGAUUUACCAACUGGGUCUGGUAGAUAACAGCAGAUGGCUGUCCAACUGUACAGGCAAUAUCUCUAAUGAAGCACCAUUCAAUGAAGUAAUUGACAAUGCACAAUGGGUAGGGAUGAUGAAAACAGCUGAUGUGUCGUAUUAUCUAAGGAACUACAUAGGUGUGCUGUUGAUUCUGGUAUUUGAGCGUAUAGUAGUGUACCACCAAUGUCAGUACUAUAAUCGCCCAGAUGUGCAGAAGCCCAAGACGGGUAUUAUCUUCUCGGACAUCAAGAGACACGAAGCUGAUGAGGGCAUCAUACCAUGUGUUAAAUACUUCCUGAACUACUUCUUCUACAAAUUUGGUCUGGAGCUAUGUUACAUCAUGACGGCUAUUACAAUAAGCGUGCGGGUAGAUGCAUUCUCGUUUCUCUACGCCGUGUUACUGGGUAUCCUGUUGCUUCUGAGCAGACGGGCAAAUGCUCGAAUCUGGCCACUGUACACUAUCUUGUUAGUGAUACUUCUACCUGUCCAGUUCCUGUCAGCGCUUGGUCUGCCGCUUGGCUUCUGCUACAGAUAUCCUUGGGAUGGAAGAGUUUGGAUGUUGAAUGACAAACAGGGGGAGGAGUUGGAACGUUGGUUUUAUCUGCCGGACUACAUUACUCCACCAAACUCGUAUAAACUGAUUGCCGACUUCUUCCAGUUACUGUUUGUAUGUCUGCAGUGGCGGGUGUUUAGGAUUGAGCUGAGUUCCAAGGUUGACGAACCCGAUGGUGGCAAUAAUGAAGAUAUUACCCCAGAAGUUGAAGCUAAAAUGGAAAUACCCGUUGAUGAUUUCACAACCAAAAUAUCAAAGCAUGGAACAAUCUCACGAAGGUCGUACUUGGACGUGAUCAAGAACUUUGUGUUUGGGUACAUGUUCUGGGUGACCUUAGCGAUUGUAUUUAUCGCAGGCACAACACGCAUCAACCUGUUCAGUAUGGGCUACGUUAUUGCUGUGUUCUGCUUCAUGUGGUUCGGUCAGGAGUUUCUCAUUAAACCAUUGAGAAAACUUGUCAGGGCGUGGAACUUCCUUUUGGGAUACUGCUUCUUUGUUUUGCUUCUGAAGGCAGCUUUACAGCUGCCUGGAUGUGUGUACAGCAGAACUAUAUCUGACAAAGCAUGUUGGUUGGUACAACUAUUGGGCAUUACCUGCUUGAGACCAGGUUAUAUACCAGGAGUAUCAAGCUGUAUAAUAGAGAAAGACAAUACUGGACUGGCCUGGGAUGUUGUCUGUUUCACAUUCUUGUUGUUGCAAAGGAGGAUAUAUACAAGUCAUUAUUUCCGACAUAUUGUGUCCGACAUUGAGGCUCAGAACAGACUCGCAUCAAGGGGUUGUCAGUUGAUCAACCGUAUCCUGAUGAAAGAGGUGGCCAAACAGAAGGAGGAGGAGCAGACAAUCCUGGAGAAGAUCAAGAAAAAGAUGAGCUCACUGAAAGAGAAACAGUCACAACUGAAGAAAAAUUAUGUUGAACCAGUGGAUCACUUUCAAGCGAUUCGUUCCGGAGACUACUAUUUAUUUGAGGAGUCUGAGGAUGAGGACGUGGAGGAGGAAGAUGAACUUACGACCCUCACGUAUGGGCAGGAUAAAGACGCAGAGGGGGAGGCAGAUCCUUUCAAGAUGAUAUCAACAGCAAUGACAGCAGGAACAGAGGAAGCUGUCAGACAGGAACAAGAGGGUGGUGGUAGCAAGCCUUCCAGUCCUAAAUCAACUGAACCCCCAGGGGAGGGAGCUGGAGAGGGUGAAGAUCAAGUAUCGUUAUGUGAAGAAAAGACAGAAAAAGGUGGUGUAGUAACAAAGAUAAAGAAUGUGUUUAGUUUCAUUCUGGCGUUCCUUGCUAGUUGUGCAAACUGGUUCACAGCUUUAUUCAACAGGAUCUCGCGUAACUACAGACUGGUUGCUGCCAACAUGAAAGAUGAUCACAUUAAAGUCAAACAACAAAUUCAGAAGGAGCACAAACGGUUGAUAGAAGAUCCUGUGGAGAUGAAGGAGACUAAACCAGGAGAAGCUGGAGCAGAAGGAGAUAAAGGGGACACUACAGAUGAAGAGAUAGUGGUUGUCACUACAGAACCUACUGUGCCAGAUACAAUUGUUCCUCAGAAAAGUGAACUCAGUUUAUCGUCAGUUGACCUGGACAAGUUUGAUGAAAGUGAGGAAGAGUUUGAGAAGAAUCAGCCAUGUUUAUACAGACUCAUUGUUGCAACAUACUACGCAAUUAUAGCAAGAUCUGAAGUUGUAUGUUACUUCCUGAUGAUCUUGAACCACAUUAUGUCUGCCAGUCUGUUGUCACUGCCACUACCGAUGUUUGUAUUCCUGUGGGGCAUGCUGUCAGUUCCAAGACCGACAAAGAUGUUCUGGAUCACGGUGAUAACCUAUACAGAGGCUGUGAUAGUGGUGAAGUACCUGUUCCAAUUUGGAUUUUUCCCAUGGAAUACGAAGGUCCCUCCAGCAGACCCAUUCUGGCCCCCUAAUAUUAUUGGUGUACAACAGAAAGACAACUUUGCUGUGAUGGAUCUCAUCUUGUUGCUGGCAUUAUUUAUCCACAGAACUAUUCUAAAGAGAUACGGGUUAUGGAGAGAUGAAGAAGAGGAAUCUAAACCAUCAAAGGCUUCAUCCAAAUCUUCCAUUGAAGAAACAGCUGGAGAUGAUGAUGGAGCAACAGAAAAGAUCCUUCCAGAGACCAGUCAGACAUCUAUCAAAGAGGGGGAAUCGCAGGAGGUUGAAGAAUCUAAGAGCAAGAAGACGUCACUGCUAGGAGCAGUGUUCGGACCUUUCACCAGUUUCUACAAGCAGCUGACUUGCCCUGACUACAGUGCCACCACGGAUGUUUAUGCUCCGAUGUUUGCCUGUGACUUUAUUAACUUCCUUAUAAUUGUGUUCGGAUACCAAGCCUUUGGACCUUCUCAAACAGCUGGAGGUGGUGAUGUCACAUCCUAUAUAUCUGAAGACCGGAUACCUGUACCGUUCCUGAUAAUGUUGCUGGCACAAUUCAUCCUCAUCAUUAUUGACAGAGCCCUAUACUUGAGGAAAAAUGUUCUCGGAAAGUUCAUCUUCCAGAUACUGCUGGUUGUCCUGCUACAUAUCUGGAUGUUUUUCAUACUACCCUACUCUACAAAUAAGCCAUUCUUCAGCAACAAGCCAGCACAGCUGUGGUACUUCAUCAAGUGUGUGUACUUUGCCCUGUCAGCAUACCAGAUCAGGUCUGCCUACCCCACUAGAAUAUUGGGCAACUUCCUCACCAAGAAAUACAACUAUGUCAACCUCUUCCUCUUUAAAGGCUUUCUGGCAAUACCAUUCCUGCUGGAGUUGCGUACCUUGAUGGACUGGAUGUGGACAAACACGACAAUGGCCGUUGGAAGCUGGUUACAGAUGGAGGAUAUAUAUGCAAACAUCUAUAUUCUCAAGUGCUACAGGGUCAUAGAAAAGACCUACCCAACACCUCGCGCCAUACCAAAGCGAGCGUUGAUCAAAUAUGGUGUAGGUGGACUGUUGCUGUUCAUCAUCAUCUUCAUUAUCUGGUUCCCACUUGUCAUCUUUUCCUUUGCUAACACUGUCUACGUGGCAAACCCUCCGAAGGAGUGCACAGUGAGUGUAACACUGGCAGGAUAUCAGCCACUCUUUACUAUAUCUGGUCAGCAGCAGAAUAUAGUCCGGUAUAGUGAAGGGGAGUUCAAAGACCUCAAGGGACAAUUUGAUACUAAUGUGGCAGCAACAGCAUUCUUAAGCAACUAUGAGGCCGAGGAUGUGACAAAGAUUAAGCUGGAUGGAAAAUCCACGUCAGUAUGGACGAUAAGUCCCCCCAGUCAGAAAAGUCUUCUAGAUGAUUUGAACAAUCCAGCAGUUGAUGUAAACCUUGACUUUCAUGUCACAUUUGUCAGAGAGCCCAAUGCUCAGGCAGGGGAAACUUUGACUGUACAAUACAGGAAAAAACUUACCAAAGAUGAAAAGAACCAUACAGCAGAAAUGAUUGUCAAGAACACCACUGAACAUGUUAAGAUAGCCAAUGUGUUUCCGAAGUAUAUCAGAUUGGCUAACAAAGCAGCCACCCAAAUAAAACCACUUCUUGGCACACCUCCGGAGAAAAGUUUUACUACUAUCAGUAUCUUUCUGGACUCAACAAGUGCCAAUGCGAGUGAAGAGGCAUCAUGGUGGGACAUUGAGGAUGAGGGUGCAGUUGAUCGCAUGCUCACUUUUAUAACAGUCAAUGAGAGGGUGGCACCAGCCGGAAUAUCUGCUAUCACAGGAUAUGGGAUCAUUGGCCUGUAUGUUACCUUCAUAUUAUUGAUUGGAAGAAUGUUACGGUUGAGCACUACAGGCAUGGCAGCAACCAUAUCAUUCCGGGAAUUACCCAACGUGGACAACAUCAUUCGACUCUGCCUGGACCUGUACCUGGUGCGUGAGAUGCAGGAAUUCCGUCUGGAGGAAGACCUCUACGCGAAACUCAUCUUUGUUUACAGAUCUGCAGAAACACGCAUCAAGUGGACACGACUACAUAGAGCAGAUAUUGAAGAGGCAAAAAAGAAUUUGUAGAAUACAAAAAAUAUUAUUAACAUCGUAAUUACCAUGAUUGCUGUUGUGUGAAAGGCGUGAAAAAAGGCAUAUGGUGUAGGAUGUACAAGAAAUUAUGUUUAAGUAUAUUUAUCAUCUAGAUGUAAGCAUGCAAGCAUUUAUUUUUAGAUAGUAAACUAGUAACUUGGUUUGGAAAUGAUGUAGGGAAUUUCCUCAGGAUGUUUCAAGAUAUCACAUAUAGAAGUAUAUCACUUUACCAGUUAGCACUCUUAGAGUUGUAUUGAUAUACAAAUGUAUUGCACUUAAACCUUCAUCUGUCACACUUAGAACUCAUACUUUGUGACUCGGUUAUAUUUUUAGCUCACCAGUCACAAAGUGACAAGGUGAGUUUUUGUGAUCGCGCAGCGUCCGUCGUCCGUCCGUCCGUGCGUAAACUUUUGCUUGUGACCACUCUAGAGGUCACAUUUUUCAUGGAAUCUUUAUGAAAGUUGGUCAGAAUGUUUAUCUUAAUGAUAUCUAGGUCAAGUUCAAAAGUGGGUCAUGUGCGGUCAAAAACUAGGUCAGUAGGUCUAAAAAUAGAAAAACCUUGUGACCUCCCUAGAGGCCAUUUUUUUCAAUGGAACUUCAUGAAAAUUAGAAUGUUCACCUUGAUGAUAUCUAGGUCAAAUUUGAAAAUGGGUCAGGUACGGUCAAAAACUAGGUAAGUAGGUCAAAUAAUAGAAAAACCCUGUGACCUCUCUAGAGGCCACAUUUUUCAUGGGAUCUGUAUGAAAGUUGAUCUGAAUAUUCAUCUUGAUGAUAUCUAGAUCAGUUUUGAAACUGGGUCAGGUGCGGUAAAAAACAAGGUCAGGAGGUCAAAUAAUAGAAAAACCUUGUGACCUCUCUAGAGGCCAUAUUUUUCAUGAGAUCUUCAUGAAAAUUGGUCUGAAUGUUCACCUUGAUGAUAUCAAGGUCAAGUUCAAAACUGGGUCAUGUGCCUCCAAAAACUAGGUCAUUAGGUCAAAUAAUAGAAAAACCUUGUGACCUCUCUAGAGGCCAUACUUUUCAAUGGAUCAUCAUGAAAAUUGUCAGAAUGUUCAUCUUGAUGAUAUCAAGGUCAAGUUCAAAAUUGGGUCAUGUGCCUUCAAAAUCUAGGUCAUUAGGUCAAAUAAUAGAAAAACCUUGUGACCUCUCUAGAGGCCAUAUUUUUCAAUGGAUCAUCAUGAAAAUUGUCAGAAUUUUUAUCUUGAUGAUAUCUAGGUUCAAAACUGGGUCACAUGAGCUCAAAAACUAGGUCACUAUGUCAAAUAAUAGAGAAAACAACGUUAUACUCAAAACUGGGUCAUGUGUGGACAGGUGAGCGAUUCAGGACCAUCAUGGUCCUCUUGUUUGAGAAAUUCAUUUUGUCUUUCAAAAGACUUAAAGAACAUAUCUUUUUGUUUCAGAUUUAGUAUUUUAUUUUUUAUUGUUUUUUAUAGGUACAUUGUACCUUAACUUAUUAGAUACAAAUUGCAAAAACUAAGCUAGAAAUUCAAAUUCCAUACAUUCAAUUUUGAAGAGGGUUUUUUAUGAAUUUUUGCUUUUUUUUGUCUGACCUUAAAAGCAUAUAAAGUUUUGAAAGGUAAUUUGUUUAAAUGUGAAAGAUAGUCUUCAAAAUCUAAGCACAACCAACACAUAGUCUUUUGGACUGGUGUUUUUGUCUGUGGUUUAAACAUGUAUAUUUUGUAUAUUUGGUCUGAAAAUAAUACUCAAGCAGAAAUGCAUUUGGGGUUUGAUUAUUUUAAAGCCAUUUCAUGUUAAGUUAUUUUAUUAACUGAUAUAUGUUUAUUUUACAGCUAAUUUAUGUUAGGUUAUUAUGUCUCCCACACCAUUGUGGUGGGAGACAUACUGAUUUACUCCCGUCUGUGUCAGUGAGUCAGUCUGUCACAGAUCUUGUCCACACUCUAAGUUGAACAUUUCUCAUCUGAUCUUCACCAAACUUGAACAAAAUGUGUUUGCCAAUAAGUCCUUGGCCAAGUUCGAUAACUAGUCAAAUCGGCCCAGGCACUUUGGAAUUAUGGCCCUUGAAUUACCAAAAAUCGCUAAAAAUCACUGCCAGUAUCUGCACUUUAAGUCUAAGUCAUUGGUGCAUGGUUGAUGCCAGUAUCUGUACUCUAAGUCAUUGGUGCAUGGUUGACUCAGAUACAUAACUAUUCAGAUGAUUAGGCAGUUGUGGGAGACAUGUGCUUUUCUCAAAAGCAGCUCUAGUUCUCAUAAUUGAUAUGUAUAUUUGAAAGCCAAUUUAUGUCAGAUUUUUUAAAGCCCCUUCAUGUUAGGUUAUUUUCAUAACUGAUAUGUUUAUUUUAAAGGUAAUUUAUGUCAGACUGUUUUGUUAACCUGAUAUAUGUUUAUUUUAAAGCCUAUUUAUGUCAGGUUAUUUUCAUAACUGAUAUAUACUUAGUUUAAAGCUCCAAUUUGUCAGGUUAAUUUCGUAACUGAUAUAUUUAGUUUAAAGACCCUUCAUGUUACAUUAUUUUUAUAACUGAUAAAUAUUGGUAUUCAAAGCCAAACUUGCCUUUACAUUUACCUCAAUAAAUAACCAUGACUUUUUGUUUUAACAUUUUCAACAAACACAAUAUUAAUUUACUUAAAAAAAUUUUUUUUUCAAAAUGUGAUUGGUUUAAACCUGAAAUUUCCAAAUUUUUAAAUGACAUUUUAUUGUUGGUUUAUUUAGAGGUUUAGUUUGUGUGACCACGGCCUGAAUAUGUGAAGGAAUGGUCAGUUAUUUGCCUUUUUAAUAUUGUUUAAAAAAUACAAAUCUUUGAAUUGCUUUUAGAUUGCUGUUAUGUACAUACAUAAGGAUAUAAUAUAUGUUAUAUGUAUUAUAUAAUGUAGCACGUUUUUGCAACUGUGUGCCUUGCCAUUUGUAUUUAAAUUUAUCAUUAGGGCAAUUCUUUGUUCUUUAUUGCUAGAUUUUUAUCUUAUUUUAGAAAUAUUAAGAGUUUUAAAUGCCUUUUUAUGGUAACUUUGUUCUGUGAGAUCUUCAGUAUCCACUAAUGGCUGAAAUCAGUGUGCCUGUUAAAUAUACAGGCAUUAGUCAAAUCUUUUUUUGUAAAUUAAUUAAAAAUUAAUUGAAAAUUAAUGUCAUUGAAUUAUAUUAGGGCUGCAAACCGUUUUAAAACUUAGCAUCAUUUUUAGCAUGCUAGUUACAAAGUUCAGUGCACAUUUUUUUGGCUGUUCUUUAUACAAAUUCUGCUCCUUUUGUCUAUAAUGGGCAUCCCAUUUACAUAUUAUGCUCAAUUUAUUCCAUAUAUUAUGAAAUAUGUUCUAAGAACAUGAUGUGUUCUUUUUUUUUUGCCUGUUCAUUACAGUACUAAAAAAUCAUAACUGUUGCAUUUGUCAAAUUUUAUGAUAAUUGGACUUUAUUUUUUUGUUGGGAAAAUAAAGAGAUUUACUAUUGGGGAAAUUAUUCAAAAUUUAUGAUAUAACAAAUAUUUAUGAUUUUAUAGUAUUUUAGUGUUUUAAAUAUAUUGAGUGUUGUUUAUAUAUACUAUGCAUGUU